AUGUUGUCCCGCUUGCAAGCCCCACUAGAGAAGGUGUUCGGAAAGAAGUUAAAGUGUGAAAGCAACGGAACAGAAUCUGCAAUCUUAUCGGUCUCAGACGGCAACGGUUUCCCCCCAACUCGGCCAACAUAUUCCGAAUACCGAGUCGAAUAA